CGCCAGAACGGUGCGCGAGAGCGAGCGGAUGGUGGCAAACUUGUUCAUCCACUUAAAUAGCUAGGAGUUCAGAGCGAACCCGCUCACAGACAUACACACUUACACACAGACUGGCGCGAUUCAAUCAGUCUUUUUUAAUUAAAUGAUAUCGUUUUUUUCUUAGGGGUGUGUCUUCCCUUUUUUCACAAUUUUUAUUCGUGUCAUAACGUUUGGUUGAUAGCUAUUAAAUUAGCUUGCUAACCAGUAAACUUAGGGGCACGAUGUGAAUCUGUCGCCAGCUCAGCUGUACGCUAUAUUUGUUUUUUUUUUCUUCUCUUGUCGUGGAAAAUAGCUGAGGUGGGAGGGAGGUUGGGGCUGCUCACCGAAAGAGGAGGCGGCGACCAGGCAGUUGUGUGUUUAUCUGUGAGCCUACCGCUACGUUCGUGAGUGAGUGCCUUUUUUUUUUUUCCUCCGUCGAGCUUGUAUUGCUUAUGAAUAAUUCAUGACUUCAAGAAGAGUGUCCCGACAGGAGGCGGGGUUAUGCAAAUAAGCCCACAGAUACUUGCAUAAUACAGGAGGCACGUUCACGUACGGUACGCAGGGAAGAGGUAAAUGCCAGCCCUUUCACGUGUCUACGCACCGUCCAGCAGAAGAUGAUAGAAAUGUCAGUGGACAAAGAGACUGUUUUGCCAGGUGAUGUAAGAGUGGACCCUGCAGCUCACCUGCAGCCACAGCAAGUAGCAGAAAGAGAUGAGCUCUGUGACCAGGGUCGCACAGUAGCGGAGGCUGAUGUGGCGACUUCCGGAAAUUCAGAUUCGGCGUCCACAUGUGCCGUGGUGGACCUCUCUGGGAGUGGCAUCCUGACGGAGAGCGACUCGACCAACAGUUGCGGUCGGGCUGAACGGGUGGAGCUUGAGGCCAAGAUGGCCGGCUCCCCGUUUAAGCCUAAAAAUGGCCUGCAGCAACCAGUACCGCAACGGCAGCCUCAGCCACCGAAGCUGAACAAACGGCGCAACACCAUGAACGUGGGAUUUAAGCAUCCUGGUGUUGGCAAGAGACGCCGACGGGCCAAUUCUGAGAGUGACCCGGUCCUACCUACCAACUUCCUGCUCGGUGGGAAUAUUUUUGACCCGCUUAACCUCAACAGCUUGCUGGACGAGGAGGUGAACCGGGCCAUCAAUGCAGAGACGCCCAAGUCUUCGCCGCUUCCAGCGAAGAGCCGCGACCCCGUUGAGAUCCUCAUCCCGCGCGACAUCACCGACCCGCUCAAUCUCAACAGCACCGGGGGGGAUGCCGGCAUCCUGGCAUCGCCCCUCAAGAGUGGGGGCCGAAAGAGGCAUCGCAAUCGGCACCAUGGGGGAGGGGGUAACCCCGCCACCACCGCCCACCCUGAACCCUCUGAGCUGGAGAGCACAAAGAGUAGCGAGAGGUGCACUGUCACAACUGCUGGCGGGGCAUGCGCAGCAGAAGGCGUAGUCCUGGAGGCCCCCAGGGAGGACGCUGUUUUACUCAGCUCAAUGCCCUUGCUGGAGUCUCCGCGGCCUUACGAGCUCAACACUGCCAUCAACUGUAGGGAUACGGUAGUACCGCCUAUCUUGCCCCGCGGCACAGCCAGCUGUGGACCUGAGACGGCGAAAUUGCCCGCACCUCCUUCCCAGCAGCUCAGCUCCCGCCAACGUAAACGCAGGCGAGCCUCCAGUAAGUGUGAAUCACGCCCAGCUGCAGUCACUCCCAACUCCUCGGCUAAGAAGAGUGGCAGUGAGAAGGGGCGACGGCCUGGUCAAGGUGCUCCUCAGACCUUUCACACCCCAUGCACCAGCACGGGGGGCGGACAGAGUGGAUCGACACCGGGUCAGAGUCACCGGAAGCCGAGGCAGCAGCAGAAGUUCCAGUACGGCAAUUACAACAAGUAUUAUGGUUAUCGCAACCCGGGCUGGAGUGAGGACCCACGCAUGCGCGUUCUUCACCCGGAGUGGUUCCAGGGCAAAAUCGUGCUGGACCUGGGCUGCAACACAGGCCACCUGACAUUGGCGAUCGCAAAAAACUGGCGGCCGGCACGCAUCGUCGGGCUGGACAUUGAUAACGCGCUGGUGCAUGCUGCUCGGCAGAACAUCCGGCACUACCUGUCUGAGGUGCAGGCCCAGCAGGCCCGCAGGGCAGUUCAGGAGGAUGCUGCCGGUAGCCACGGUUGCCCCACGGGCCGACGGGAUGCCUUGCCGGAGUCCCCUAGUGGCGGAGCAGCAAACAACGUCCAGAAAAUGGACAGACCUGACGAGGGUGAUAAAAAGACUAAGGCUGGACUGGACGUGAUGUCGGUGCCGGAUGGUUUGACGAAACUGCCUGAGCCGCCAGUGUCCGCGGAGAGUGGAGACACUGGGGCAGGGUGUUCAGAGGAAAUGGAAGGGGUAGAAGGCACCAUGGAACCUGAGCCCCCGUGCACCUCUCCCUUGGAUGUGGACCAUCCUUUCCCUGUCUCCCUGAAGAUCUCCAGGGGCCCCAUCGCUGCCCCCCCUCUCCCAGACACUCCUCCAGCGGUCCCUGGUGACUUUCCUGCUAAUGUCUCCUUUGUGAGGGGGAACUACGUGCUCGACAACGACAUGUUGCUGCAUGUCCAGAAGCCGGAGUAUGAUGUCAUCCUGUGCCUAAGCGUGACCAAGUGGGUCCACCUGAACUGGGGAGACAGCGGCCUACAGCGCCUCUUCCACAGGGUCUUCCGGCACCUGCGACCCGGCGGACUCUUCAUUCUUGAGCCGCAGCCGUGGGGCUCCUAUGGCAAGAGGAAGAAACUGACUGACGCCAUCUUUAAGAAUUACCACAGUAUCCGCUUCAAGCCCGAUCAGUUCAGCACGUAUCUGACGUCGGAAGUGGGCUUCUCCAGUUACGAGCUCAUUGGGACGCCCAAGAGCUCCUCCAGAGGAUUUCAGAGACCAAUUUACCUGUUUCGCAAAGGACCGUCGCCUCCCAGGAAGUGACCCUGUUUCUGUAGUGACUGGCGGGCAGACGGUGAAGAUUCCUUCUGCCUGGAUACGACGGAAGCGGCCUGACCUUCGCUUGGGGACACGCAUUUGGAGCUGCGUCGACAUUACCGUCAUGCAAACACGUGGGGUGGGCAGGGGUGUUUUUGAGCAGGGAGAUCGUCAAGGAAACGGACAAGCUGUUUACGCCAACUGCACACUGAACUUAAAACAUGCGUAGACACACACAUGCACUAAAAAAAAAAAAAACACAGAA